AUGGAAAACGAUAUAUGCAAGAAAGUAUCAUCAAUCUCGAGAAACUCAUCGGUCGGAUACUACUGUCACCGGAAGUCGGAGGGUGUUCCGUUCAUGUGGGAGAUGCAGCCAGGGACUCCCAUUAAUAGUCAGCCGUUGGAGAUUGUUCGUCCCAUCAGUCCUCCUCCGGCGAUGCUCAGCCUCCGUCUCCCCAAGCCAUCUAUAUCCAUUCAAGAGCCAAAGCAGUCUGUGUUUCCAGCAAAGCUGAAGCUGCGGAAAUGGAAACAUAUUCGUUGCAAGAAAUAUUUCUCUAGAUUGACUAACAAAAUGGUUUUGUCUUCGAUAUGUUUGUACCCUGACAAACGCUAG